AUGAGUGUCGCGCGGACAACCCCCAGUGAGCUCACGGGUCGCCCAGCGAAGAAAUUGAAAAAGCUCGUCGAAUUUUCGCCAUCGGAUUUCAGCGCCGAUUAUCUCAAGAUACGAUUACCAGCCAAUCUUCAGUGUUAUCAGAUUGCAUGCGAAGUACUCUGGGCGGAGAAUCCGAAUGGUACACCCACAAUGCAGUUGAACGAAGCAUUCUCCAUUGGAAGUGAAGAUUGUAAACAGCUCGUCAAAACAUAUCCCAACAUUGCAUGUGUUUCACAACUCCUACAUUGCAGUGAAGAUUGUAAACAGCUCGUCAAAACAUAUCCCAACAUUGCAUGUGUUUCACAACUCCCACAUUGC